AUGGAGCCAUUCUCGUUCGCCACUUCCGACUCGCUCGAUUAUCCCGUCAGCAUCCGCAUCAUCAACCUCGAGGGCUCCGAGCCCCCGCUCCCGUUUUCCACCCUCCUUGAACACCCAGAACUACGGCAUAUUGGAUCCAACCAAAGUCCCCACUCAGAUCUCUACGUAACGGUUCAAGUGUGGGCCGGAUCUAAGCCCUUGACCGUCCCAGUCCAGACGGCUUACAAGUCUUUUCGAAAUGAGAGGCGAUGGAACGAGUGGCUUACGCUGCCCGUAAACUACUCGACUCUGCCCCAGAACUCACGCCUCGCCAUCACCAUCUGGGAUGUGUCCCCCACUGGAGGUCCGGGAGCACAUGGGCACGCAAUCCCGUUCGGGGGGACAACGCUUCCGCUGUUCGAUAAAGAUAACCAGCUUCACAAGGGCCGCCAAAAGUGUCACGUCUACAGGCACCGACGGGCCGAUGGCAACGAUGAUUCCAAGACACCCGCCAUUCUUCCCAAGAAGAAGUCAAGGAAGGGAGCACCAGAGGAUAAGGACGCUGAUGAAUUAGACCGGAUGGAAAAGCUCUUCAAGAAGCACGAGAUGGGCGAGAUUCCUCGCGUCGACUGGCUGGACCAGCUCGUCUUCCGGGGGUUCGAGAAGCGCGGGCUGCAGUCCGCCAGGUCGCACACGAAGAGCGCCCAGCAACAGAAGGCCGCGCGAGCAGAUGCCUUGAAAGAUGGGGAAGACGCUGACUCUUCACCGGAGCCCUCGAACUUCCUGCUGAAUGUCGAACUCCCCAGGUUCGACUUCCCAAUUGUCUUUGCCGACCACGAAUACUCACCUCCGCCUGUCUCGUCCUAUUUGCACCCCUCUUCCUCGCAGUCGAACCUCGUUCUCAGACCCCCGCCAGAGAUUCAGCUCGGCCCGGGCAUCAAUGCGGCAGAGGACGACGAAGGUUACGGCGGACGCUUGAUCCGAGUGUACGACCCGGAGGUUGCGGCAAAGGAUAAUCCGGCGGAGAGCAAGCACCGAAGGCUUAUCCGCGGCCAGCACCGCAACGGCAUUUUGGACAAGGACCUGAAACCAAACGCCAAGGUCCGGGACGAGCUGAACACGAUAAUGGCAUAUUCGCCAACACACACGCUCUCUCCCGAUGAGAAAGAUCUCAUCUGGAAGUUCCGCCAUCACCUGACCCGCAACAAAAAGGCCAUCACCAAAUUCGUCAAGUCGGUCAACUGGCAUGAUCAGUCAGAGUCUAGACAGGCCGCUCAGAUCCUGGGGAAAUGGACCGAUAUUGAUGUCGACGAUGCCCUCGAACUACUCGGGCCUACCUUUGACAACUCGGCCGUGCGAGCCUUUGCCGUCGACCGCCUGCGCAAGGCCGACGACCAAGAGCUACUUCUCUACCUGUUGCAGCUGGUGCAAGCACUCAAGUACGAACACAUCUCCCCGCAGCCUGGUCACGAAGUGACGCAGGACUCCUCCCUAGCCCGCUUUCUCAUCUCGAGGGCUGCCAACAGCUUCACGCUUGGCAACUACUUCUGGUGGUACGUCAUGGUCGAGUGCGAUGACAAGUCGCUGGAUCAAGGAGCCGACAACCAAGCCAUCUAUGGCAAGAUCGCCUACGACUUCAUGACGGAGCUUGUCAAGCGGCCAGGCGGGGAGGAAACGCGAAAGACGUUGAAGAGACAGGCCGAGUGGAUUGCCAUUCUCUCCAAGAUAUCUGGUGAAAUCAAGGAGUCGAAUGAGUCCAUAGCCAAGAGAACGGAGCGAGUCAAGCAAUUCUUGGCGGACCCUAGGAACGAGCUCGUCACCAUCGACCCACCCCUACCGCUCCCUCUCGACCCGUCGGUGGAGAUCAUCGGCGUCGCUCCGGAGGAUACUGUGGUCUUCAAGUCAUCUUUGCACCCGAUCAAGGUUUCGUUCAAAACCACGUCGGGCCGCAAGUACCCCAUCAUCUUCAAGACGGGCGACGACCUUCGCCAGGAUCAGUUGGUGAUCCAAAUCAUCACGUUGAUGGAUGACCUCCUCCAGAAGGAGAACCUCGAUCUCAAGCUCUCGCCGUACAAGAUCCUCGCGACCAGCACAAGCGCCGGCCUGUCACAGUUUGUCCACUCGAUGAGCUUCCAGAGCAUCACGUCCAAGUACCGCAACAAUCCCGCGCUCGCUUACCUAAAGCAGAACAACCCCGACAGUCAGGGACCCAUGGGUCUGCGGAAGGAAACUUUGGACACCUUCGUCAAGUCGUGCGCCGGCUACUGCGUCAUCACCUACAUCCUCGGCGUGGGCGACCGGCAUUUGGACAACCUGCUCCUCGCCCCCGACGGCCACUUCUUCCACGCCGACUUCGGCUACAUCCUCGGCCGCGAUCCGAAGCCGUUCGCGCCGGCCAUGAAGCUCUCCAAGGAGAUGGUCGACUGCAUGGGCGGCUCCAACUCGGAGCAUUACCGCCAGUUCAAGCAAUACUGCUUCCUGGCGUACAGCGCCCUGCGCAAGAACUGCAACCUGAUCCUCAACCUGUUCACGCUCAUGGCGAACGCCAACAUUCCCGACAUCAAGCUCGAGCCGGACAAGGCGGCGCUCAAGGUCAAGGAGCGUUUCCAUUUGGAGAUGGACGAGGAGGACGCCAUCCGGCACCUGGAGAGGAUUAUGGAUGACAACCUCAACGCCCUGGUCCCGGUUGUCAUUGAUAAGCUGCACGAGUUGGUACAGGCGUUCCGGGCGUAG